AUGGCAGCAGCAGGACCCUCGUUGCCCACCGCGAAGACCAUCCAGGUCGACACGAGAGGGGCCAUGAUCCUGGACGAGGAGUCGCCAGAGACGCGCGACAGCCGCGGAAUCUACUUCCCAAACUACAUCGAGCCCGUCUCGCACAUAGCGGUGGAUAUCGGGGGAUCCCUGGCCAAGGUCAUAUACUUCACGCGAUCCACGAACCCGCCAUCUUCGCCCUCCCAGAUCGCGACGCGUGGAUCGAGCCCAAGCGACAUCUCGACACCGCCAUCCUCGUCGCCCGGCAAGGACAGCCCCUUGUCCUCACCACCCCUGUCCGGGAAGCUCAACGGCUACCCCAAAGGCGCGCUCACGCCCGCGGUUCUCGAACAAUGCAAUGGUCAUACAAACUAUCUUGACUCCAUCAGCAACCACAGCCUGCUGCACGACUCACUGCUGCGGCGCGCGUCCGUGCAGCACUUCCCGGGGGGCUCGCUCAACUUCGAGCGGUUCGAGACGGAGUACAUCGACGAAUGCGUCGAGUUCAUCCGCACGCUCAUCGAGCGCUCCGCGGCCGUGAAUGGCGUGCCUCUGGGCGAAAUGCGGCGUGGGGUGAAGGUGAUCGCGACGGGCGGCGGCGCGCACCGUUUCUACGAGCUGCUCGGGGAGGCGCUGCAGGUCGCGGUGCACCGCGAGGACGAGAUGGCGUGCCUCAUCGAGGGCCUGAAGUUCAUCACGCUCAUCCCGGACGAGGUGUACUACUUCUCGGACGAGCUCAUCCACUCCGUCUCGCACCCGAGCCAGGCGCAGCUCGAGCGCCCGAGCCCGGAUCCGCCCAAGUACGCGGUCACGUUCGUGCAGCACCCGGUGCCGCAGCUUCCGUGCCUGCUCGUGAACAUCGGCUCGGGCGUGUCGAUCGUGAAGGUGGACGAGGACGGGUCGUUUGAGCGGGUGAGUGGGACGAGUCUGGGCGGCGGCACGCUCUGGGGGCUGCUCAGUUUGCUCACGCCCGCGACAACGUUCGACGAGAUGCUUGCGUUGUCGGAGAAGGGCGACAACGAGACGGUGGACAUGCUCGUGGGCGACAUCUACGGCUCGGACUACAGCAAGCUCGGACUGAAGUCAACCAUGAUCGCGAGUACGUUCGGAAAGGUGUUCAAGAAGCAGGGCGGCAAGCGGGGCACGUUCACCCCGGAAGACAUCAGCAAGAGUCUACUCUAUGCAAUAUCGAACAAUAUUGGACAAAUAGCGUACAUGAACGCGGAAAAGUACAAUCUAGACCGGAUAUACUUUGGGGGGUACUUUAUUCGAGGUCACGCGGCGACGAUCAGCACGCUCUCGUACGCCAUCCGGUUCUGGAGCAAGGGCACAAAGCGCGCGCUGUUUCUGCGGCACGAAGGAUUUCUGGGCGCUAUCGGCGCAUGGAUAAAGAACAUCGGCGAGGACGAGGGGGGCGAGAGCUAA